AUGCAGAACACACAGGAAGCUAACCAAAUGACAGAAGGGCAGAAGAGUCAGACUGCACGCACGGCUUCAAGAGGACUAGAACCUAGAUGCGUUCCCGCGGCGUUCCACCAACUUCCUUCAGGAGAUCAUCCCGUGCCGGUGAAAUCUCGACGACAGAGAAACGGACGGGCCAGAUCGCGAAGUGACUCUAACUCGUCGAAUGAGUCCUUAUCAACAUCAAGUUCUUAUUCGGACUCUGACUCGGAGGACGAGCUCAGUCCAAAGGAGAAGCAGCAGGUUACAGUCAAUGGCUUCAGCGAUUUCUGCGUGCGAAAUAUUAAAUAUAGCCAGAUCGGCCGACGAGAAAUAGAAAUCGCGGAACAAGAAAUGCCCGCCUUGAUGUCUCUUCGAAAAAGAGCGGCUGGAGACAAGCCGCUCAAUGGCGCUAGAAUAGUUGGCUGCACUCAUGUGACUGCCCAGGCAGCUGUUCUUGUCGAAACUCUGAUAGAACUUGGAGCUCAAGUUCGUUGGUGUGCAUGCAACAUCUUUUCCACGCAAAAUGAAGUCGCAGCCGCUCUUGCAGAAGCUGGAAUUCCUAUUUUCGCAUGGAAAGGAGAAGGCGAGGAAGAGUUCUGGUGGUGCAUAGAGAAAUGUGUGGCAAACUCAAGCUGGGAGCCCAAUUUGAUUUUGGAUGAUGGCGGAGAUGCCACUCAUUUUAUGCUGCGACAUCAUCCUCAGCUAUUCAAGAAAAUAAUAGGAAUAGUUGAAGAGUCUGUCACUGGUGUUCAUCGUCUAUAUCAGCUUUCGAAGACGGGCAAACUUGUCGUACCCGCAAUGAACGUAAAUGACUCAGUGACAAAACAGAAAUUUGACAAUCUCUAUUCAUGUCGCGAAAGCAUUCUUGAUGGGCUGAAAAGAACGACUGACAUCAUGUUCGGCGGAAAGCAGAUUUUGAUCUGCGGAUAUGGCGAAGUCGGAAAAGGCUGCUCAGCUGCAUUGAAGGGGAUGGGCUCAGUUGUCUAUGUUACAGAAAUAGACCCCAUCUGUGCGCUCCAAGCAUGCAUGGAUGGGUUCCGCGUUGUCACUGUUGACGAAGUUGUUUCUACAGUCGACGUGUUUAUUACUUGUACUGGGAACAGAAAUGUGCUGACUCGUCCACUUAUGGAUAAGAUGAAAAAUGGUGCUGUUGUAGCGAACAUGGGACACAGUAAUACAGAGAUAGAAGUCGCCGCGUUGAAAACGUCUGAUUUGGUUUGGGAAAACAUUCGAAGUCAAGUCGACCAUAUCAUCUGGCCAGAUGGAAAGCGGAUUGUUUUGUUAGCCGAAGGACGGCUUCUUAAUUAUAGCUGCUCCUCUGUGCCGAGUUUUGUACUCUCUGUGACUUCCUGCACACAAGCCUUGGCACUUAUUGAAAUGUUCAAUGCUCCUAAUGGACGAUACAAGCAUGACGUCUACCUUUUACCGAAGAAAAUGGACGAAUACGUUGCUUCUCUUCAUCUUCCCCAGUUCAAUGCGCACCUGACUGAAUUGAGCGAUGAGCAAGCCAAAUAUCUUGGUCUGAACAAGUCUGGUCCCUUCAAGCCUGCAUAUUAUCGAUACUGA